CGCCUCCACCGCCGCCGAGAGACCCUCCUGUCAGGAGAGCUGCGGUCAGGGGAGCUGCAGGGACACCAGGACACAGAGAGGACAGAGGAGGGGACCACUCAGAAGCCCUCCCCCUGCUGCUCUUCUCUCCGGAGUGGCGAUGAGCACCAGGCAGGGGGCCAGAGGAGAUGAGAGGGGCCACAGAGGGAGGGGACAGGAGGCAGAGCUUCGGGACAGAGCCCGCCUGAGCCAAGAGCGCCGGCUCAAACAGGCCACCCAGUUCCUGCACAAGGACUCUGCCGACCUGCUCCCCCUGGACAGCCUCAAGAGACUGGGCACCUCCAAGGACUUGCAGCCCCACAGCGUGAUCCAGAGGCGCCUGGUGGAGGGAAACCAGAGCCGGCUUCAGAGGGAAUCUCCAGAUCUCGGGAGCCGCACGGAGGUCAGCAGGACAGAGAUGCCAGUUCUUCUGGUCAGCUGCAAGCACAGGCUAGAGAAGCGUGUCCUUCAAGGCCCAGGUGGGCACCUGGCCCCGGGGCCCCCAAUCCAGGUGGAGCAGCUGGAGCUACAGCUAGGGCAGGAGACUGUGGCCUGCUCGGCUCGGGUGGUGGACGUGGAGAGUCCCGAAUUCUGCCUUGGACUGCAGACUCUGCUCUCUCUCAAGAGCUGCAUCGACCUGGACCGCGGAGUGCUGCGGCUGAAAGCCCCCUUCCCAGAGCUGCCCUUCCUGCCUUUGUACCAAGACCCUGGCCAGUGACCGCCAUCCCCGUCAGUCCCCAGAGGGAAACACCUUGCCUCAGGGAAAGAGCAGUGUGGGGAACGGGGCAUCCUGAGAGCUGGGGACUUCUGUGUCUGUCCCUCUUGUGACCACUGACCUGCACUGUCCAAUUUUCCCCCCUGACCACCUUCCUCUCUGCUUCUACAGCAACUGCCUUCUUCCUCCAGGGGGCGCCCCAGAGACGGUUCAUGACCGCACAAUUCUGGUUGCCAGGUGUUUCAAGAGAGGCAAAGCCCCGAUCAUCAGCAGGGCACUGCGGGGUGAAGCAAAAUGGGGUCCCAGGCAUGCUGGGAGCUGGCCCGAGUCAAAGGCGGUAGCCUACGGUUGAUUCUGUCUGCCCUUCAGCCCCACUCCAAACCCCACUUGAUGGCCCUCACUUCCAUGUCUUUCCCCCACCAUUAGACUGCCACACUUCCCCAUCCUGGACCCCUGAUCCUUCGGGUGCCUACCUUCCUGAUCCUGUAUGUAUUUGCCCAUGGAUGAGUGGGGUGAGGUUGUGGGGGGGCGCUGUACACAGAUAUUCCAGCGCCACAUUGAAGGGGGGUGGUAGAAGUGAGUUUAAUUCACAAGGCUGGGCACGCUUUAUGAGAUACUUCCUCUGGGGAUCAAAAACUGGCACCCUGGUGGCUUAGCGGUUACUCGUUGGGCUGCUAAUUGCAAGGUCAGCAGUUUGAAACCACCAGCCACUCUG